UAUUUGCGUAUUUACGCAAUUAAAGUUGCAGAAAACCCAAUUGAACUUAUUUAGUGUGCGUACCAAUACGCAAUUAAAAUUCCGAAUACCCAAUUCAUAAAAAGUCGCUUGCGUAUCGUAUUUUCCGUAUUACAGAACGGGUACGAGAUUUUAACGCUGGAGAACAGACUGGUUAUACGUUACCGCGGCACAGGUCGCUGUUUAUCGGAAAAAUUACAGGACCAUUCAAUCGGCUAAUCGGUGUUACUCGGACACUUUGAAAUUGUGUAAAAAUGGCAACUUCUAGCAAAAGAGGUCGCAGAAAAACCGUUGUGGCUGAACAAAAAAACAAAAUCGAGGGAUAUUUUACUGCUAAACACAGAAAGCUAUCUGUAUUAGACGAUAUAAUUUCACCUAUACUUGAGGAGAUCUUACAUGAGAGUGAAUGUUUCGGCGAACAUAUUGUUCGGGACAUUGUCAACGAGUUGGUUACUGACUGCAUAAAAAUUGAAAAAAAGCACGAUGGGACGAAAGUCACACAAAAAACACUGAAUGACUGGUGCAGAAAAUAUCCUUGGUUAAAGGUUUUGGAAGGUGAUGAUGGUACACCAAUGAAACUGAAGUGUGAAUCAUGUUGCUCAAUGAAGACCAAAAUGAAGCUGUCGAGUGUCUGGGCUUUUGAUGGCACACCUAGUAUACAGAUGUCAAAUAUAACUAGACAUAAUGACAGUGCUGAACAUAAAAAUGUAUGUCUUAACCUGGAAAAUGAGAACAUAACUGAAAUGGUAUCUAAUGAUGAAAGUGAAGAUGAAGUUGUUAUUAAUCAAGAAGACAGAAUUGUGUUUAAUACAGUAUAUUUUGCUGCCAAGUCUGAACUUUCAUCUGAAACUGUAAAUGGUUUGUUAGAGUUAGAGAAAAUUAAUGGCAUUGAUGUUAAAUACACAAAUCUAAGCUGGGAUACUGUAACUGACAUGCAGGAAAGCAUAUCCCGUACCUUAACCAGUAAGUUAGUGAAUGAAAUAAAAGAAUCUAAUGUAUUUGCAUUGAUGUUGGAUGAGAGUACAGAUGUGACUGUUGAAAAGCGACUUAGUGUUUGUGUUAGGUAUAUAAAAGCAGGACAGCCUCAGACUCGCAUGUUAUGUAAUGUACCACUUGAUGAUGGUUGUGCUCAUACUGUAGUCAAUGCUGUUGUGUAUGAAUGUGAUAAACUUGGUCUUGACUUAUCAAAGUGUACUUCCUUGGCAACAGAUGGUGCAGCUGUAAUGGUUGGCAAAAAAUGGGAGUUGGUGUACAGAUGCAAAGUAAAUAUAGCCCAUAUAUCAUUCAGACACACUGUCUAGCACACAGGCUGAAUUUGGCAUGCACAGAUUCAAUGAAAAAAAAUGAGUAUCUUAAAAAAUUUAGAGACAAGUUUAAUGCUUUAUAUCACUUUAUAAGUGCCUCAAGUGUUAGAACACACACACUUAAAAAAGUUCAGAAUUUAUUGGAGGAGCCAGAUAUUUCAAUUAAAGAGCCUUAUUCAAUCAGAUGGCUUGGGUUAAGAAAUGCUGUUUCUGCUGUAUAUGAAUCUUAUGGGUCUGUCCUUGCUACAUUGUCAAAAUUUGCUGCAGACAAAAAUCCAGUAGCAAAGGGUUUAUACAAGUAUUUUUGUUCAUAUAAAGUUGCAUUACUCAUUGCUUUUGUGCUUGAUGUUCACAAUGAAUUAGCUGUUCUAAGUAGUACACUGCAAAAGAAAAACCUGUUGUUUAGUGAGGUUGUACCAUUAAUUGAAGGAACAUUAGCUAAACUUGGGACAUUAGAAACAGAAGAUGGAACAUGUUUAACAGAAAUGAAGGCAGAAAUACAAGAGAAGGAUGAUGGUGUUUUCUUCGGUGAAGAAAAGCUAACUUCCCAUGCUAACAUGAAAAGUGAGUUUGAAAACGUCAGAAAAGAUUAUGUAAAAAACAUCAGGAAAAAUAUGAAGGAAAGGCUGAAAAAGAGAGACGGUGAGAUAUUAGAUGAUUUUAGCAAAGUGUUUGAGCCAGCCAUAAUCAAUAUGAGUAGUCAAGAUGAAUGCAAUCAGGCAGUUGAACAUUUAGCUUCUUUUUAUGGCUAUGAGAAAAAUGUAAAGCUUGUCAGUGGAAAUUUACUAGAAGGUACUGAAGAAGAAGUUAAAGUUGUUCAGCCCUUACUGGAUCCUGAUAAGAUAAAAGAUGAAAGGAUAAGGUUGCAGGGUAUGAUGAGAGGAACAUAUGCAAACCAGAACACUAUGAAAAUAUGUAAAAGAGUAAUGCUUGUCCACCAUGAUAUCAUGCCUAAUUGUGCAAAACUGGCAGAAAUAGCUAUGUGUUUUCAAUUAACAAGUGUUGAAUGUGAGCGCAGUUUCAGCACACAGAACAGGUUAAAAAAUAAACUAAGAGCAUCCCUUAAAUCUGAGAAGCCGAAUACUUUAAUGCUAAUCUGUAUGUUGGGACCUCCAAUAUCUACAUUUGAUGCAAAGCCAGCUAUUACUCACUGGAUGAAAAGGAAAAAAAGAAGGAAGGGCAGACUAUUCACUGAAUACAAACCAAGAGUGAAAAAACAAAAACUGUCUUAAAAAUCAUUGAACAUUACUGUGUGUAGCAGCAGUCCAAAUUUAUGGCUGCAGUAUGACUUAGUAAAGAAGAGGACCAUGAUGGUCCUGAAUCGCUCACCUCUUCCCACAUGACCCAGUAUUGAGUAUGACAUCGUUUUUUCUAUUAUUUGACAUAGUGACCUAGUUUUAGAGCUCAUGUGACCCAGUUUUGAACUUGACCUAGAUAUCAUCAAGAUAAAAAUUCUGACCAAUUUUCAUGAAGAUCCAUUGAAAAAUAUAGUCUCUAAGAGAGGUCACAAGGUUUUUCUAUUAUUUGACUUAUUGACCUAGUUUUCGAAGAUACGUGACCCUGUUUUGAACUUUACGUAGAUAUCAUAAGGUGAAAAUUCAGAUCAAUUUUCAUGAAGAUCCAUUGAAAAAUAUGGCCUCUAGAGAGGUCAAAAGAUUUUAAUAAUUUUAGACCUACUGACCUAGUUUUUGACCGCA